AUGUCAGAAGGAGGUGUGAAAAAGAGAAACAAGCCACUGUACUCGUGUGUCACUUGCAGGAGGAAGAAGAUAAAGUGCGACAAGAAGCGGCCAUGUCUGAGCUGCGUGAAAAUCAGCAUUGGCUAUACAUGCACGUAUGACACCAAAUGGAAGCCCAACAAGACCGCAGGCAGCGAUCGUUCUUCUAUAGGGUUUGAGCAGCCUCGCGAGUAUGCUCCAGACGUAGCCUACAACGGACGUUUUCACACAGUGUCAGACGAGACGCAAAUAUUGAAAACGAGGAUUGCAGAAUUGGAAAAGCUUUUAGACCAAAAUCUACACUCGGGGUCUUUGCCUUCGUCUGCGGCAUCGAUCCCGUCUCUGAUUCGCAACCUCAGAACGGGGCCAAUUUUGCCACCAACGGAUUCAAUUGCUCCCAAUCCGGUUGUCGAUGAUGGCGACGUGCUCAAUUUUUAUGAAGGCUACACGCCCAUGCGAAUCAAGGGGGUGGAGAGAAGGGCAAACAAUGGCCCACUAUCAGCAGUGGCGCUUUUGAAAAGAGACCCGGCGUUGGCAAUCUUGUGGAAUGCCAUUUGCCACAAGGGCUACAUCAAGAUCCUGGAUGUGCCAAAGCCCCGGGUGAUUGAAUCGUCGGCUAAUUCCAUGCCUCCGUACUCAAGCAAUGGCAUCACCGAGCAAUUUGAUAGGAUGUUUAAAAACAAGUACGUUGAAGCUGAUAAUUUUGAAGAAGCAACGCCCUACAAGUCUCGGACAAAAAAAAACAAAUUGGAGAAAUCCAAUAGUACGGAGGGUCAGGGUCACGAACUGGAGGGGUUUAUGAACCUGACGGGCGAUGUUCGCCUUGACCAACGGCAUGCGAAGAUAACAUCUUCACAAUUCGUCUUGGCUCGCACUAUAUUGGAAGGAAGGGUCAACCCUGAGAUGCAUUUGAUUGAGAAACUCAAGCAGUUCCUACCAAAGAAAAAAGCGUUUUGGACGCUUAUUGACAUGUUCUUUGCCGACAUCUAUGAAUUCUUCCCUUAUAUAGAUGAAGCCGAGUUCAAGAAGGAACUAAUGAAAAUUUUCGGUCCCGUGAGCUAUGAAGAUGAACCAUUUACACGGAUAAGUGUGGCGAGAAAAUUGGACUUGGCUAUCAUUUCGAUAUGUUUUUCAAUCUUGAGGAUGACCUUCUUGUCAAUAGUUUCCAAUCGCGACUGCGUAAAUGAAGCAGUUGUGAAAGCAGAUGAAGACUCUAUUAAGAAAUACCUAUUCCAGAAUCCAAUCACUUCAGUAAUCGCUGAUCUUGCCAGCUCGUGUCUUUGUUGCUUUGAUUUUUCAAGAAAGACAACCCUCACCAUCUUUUUGGCAUGUUUGUACAUGAGAAUCUAUAAGAAUUGUGCCCCCGAGGAAGGCGAUAUCGUCGACGGUAACGAUUCACAAAUCGCGACAGCGGUGUUGAUUCAAAUGGCUUAUUCAUUAGGGUUGAAUCGAGAGCCGGAUAAGUUGGAUGCUUGCAAUGACGAAAAGGCAAACAAUUUGGGGAGAAAAGCAUGGCAUUUUUUAAUGAGACUUGAUAUCAUCCAUUGCUACAAUGUCGGGAACCCCACGAGCAUACACCCAUCGCAUUACGAUGUUGAGCUUCCGUUUUUAACGAGCACCAACAGCAACUCCCUCGAUACUGAAAAGGAAGCAGCCGUUGUACAGACUUUCCGCUUUUUGGAUAGUCAAAUGGACCACUUGCGCAAGUUGAUUGACUUUUCGUUGGACAUUAAAAAGGGGGUCAAAUUAAACGUUAUAACUCGUGAUUUGCACGAGUUUGAAAUGAUUCUCAACCGGCAAUUCAGCGCCGUGAGCAAUCCUGCAAUUAAUCUUCGAAUCAUUCGUCGUGAGAACCAGAGUUUGGAGUUUCAAACGUUGUUCCGCAUCAAUAUGGGGAUCAAGACUGCCCUUAUUUCAUUUUACUUCCACAUAUACCUCCACUAUGAGAAAAAAUUGGACUCUGAGUUGGCGUUUUUCUAUCUUUGCAAGUUGAUGCUUAUCGUCAUUUAUGAGUUGUUGCCCAAUGUGGGUGACGUGUUGUGGGGCUACAUGAGCUCCAUGAAUGUGUUUGUCAACCACAAUAUCCAAUCUACUUUGAGCAAGAUUAUUGUGCUCAUUUUGUCUAGCUUGGUCAGGGUAACAUAUAACAUUUAUGCCAUGGAACGCAAGCCUCAACACCAGGCUACUCUCGCCAAUGACUCCGAGUAUCGGAAACAUUAUCAGACAUUGAAAAAAAUUUUGAAAAACUUGAAACUUACCGGGGAGUGGAUGUGUUCUUUGAUGGAAAGAAUGGGGUCGCGGUAUUAUUGCGCGUGGAGAUUGUCCAAGGCCAACAUUAUUCUUUUCCAAAAGGCCUCGGACCAGGAUUUCUAUGAAAAGCAUGGCAAUGGGUUGAAAAAGAUUAAAACGUUCCAAUUCACGCCAUCGCAGUUGGAUCAUUUCGACAUGUUGAUUGGAAUCUUGGCCACAAGUGCUGCAAAAAUUGCUCAAUAUGAAGAUCAUAUCGACAAGCCAACUCCCGAUUUCACUCCUCCUCCUCCUAUAGUUGUCAAUGAUGCAGUCGUUUCCUCGAACGCCAACAACAACAACAACAACAACAACAACAACAACAACAACAACAGCAACAACAGCAAGGAUAAUAGUAAUAAUAACAACAACAUCAAUAACAACAGCAACAACAGUAUCAAAAAUGGCAACAGCAACAGCAACGGCAAUAGCAAUGGCAAUAGCAAUGGCAACUCCGUGGCCGGAGCUGCGGCUGGUGCUGGGGAGAACACUUUGAAUGGAUUGUCUCCCACUUCAACUAUUCAUUCCAACGGCUCGGGGGUAUGGAAGGAGUCGAUGGUAAACGCACUAAGUGGACUCACUGCGUCGGCAAAGGACGACAUUGACCAAAUGUGGCUCCAGCUCACCGCCAUGAAUCGAGAUCCAAACCAGGACACAAUGGAAGAUUGGAUUCCCCAUGUGUCCACCUCGGGUGCUGGUGCCCCUGUGGCUGAUGAAAUCAACGUGUUUGCCCAUGCUGAUAAUAGUCCGUUAGCUGCGGGCGCAUCUAUGUCGCAGCAUCAUCAUCAAAAACAACAACAACAACAACAAGUACAAGAGCAACAACAGCAGCAGCAACAACAGCAAGUUAUGGCGCCGGCGCUUUUGAACGUGCUGUCGCAAGCAGCACCUAUUCGCCCGCUGCUUUUCAGAGAUCCUGGCUCACUGGUUUACAUUGAUCUGGAUUUCGAUUUGUCGUACCGAUACAAUUAUCAUGACAUUAUGUAA